AUGCAAGCACCUCAAAACAAGCAUCACAUUGGACCGUCUAAAAACUGUACCGAUGAAACAACAAGUGUAAACAAAAGUUUAACCUUUGGUGACUUUCAAGCACAGAAUCAAGGCGGAAAUGGCAUAAGACAAAAGGUUACUGUGAAAAGCGAGAUGAAAGAGCCCAGAUCUGUCCAGAUUCCUGGAAAUAGAUUGACAAAUCAUAACGUUAAACCGUCAAAGAGCUGUACUGAGGAAAGAAGUCAAAGGAAAGCUUAUUAGCUUUGGUAACGCUCACUAGAAGAGUGUCACGAUGUACAUGUACAUGAAACACGCCAGAGCAUCCCUGUAAAAAGGGAACUGACAGGGCCCAGAGCUGACCAGUUUCCUGAAAAUACAGCGACAAAUCUAAGAAAAAAUAGCCCUGUUUGGGGAGCUGUGAAGAGUGGGAAUGAGAGUGAAGCAAAUGGCCAAAAUAAAAGGAGAGGAUCGGAAAGUUCUGUAAGUGAAGGCAUUCCUUUUGGGAAUUGCGAUAUGGUCAAUGACACACCCAAAAACACUUCCAAGUCUCUUAUAACUCCUGCCACGUGCUUAUCAAGUCUGAACAAAAGGGCAAAAGGAUGUUGUAAUGGUUUAUUUAAAAGUGAACUGCAGAGCUGCUCAACACAAGGGUUUCUUAUGAAAAGAGGUCAUGCGAAACAGACACUGAGCUACCAUCAGCAUACACCUUUGAGAAGCAAUAUUCAGCGAGUUCCUGGAAUGGGACAAAAGGAUUACACUGCCUGCAAUCAACCAUGCAAAGCAUCAAAUAUUGAUCCUCAGAGUGUGAAAACGCCCCUGUUCAGGUUACCAACAAACCAAAGCUUAAUCGAAGAGAGACAUUCGAUAGAACGACUGAAAAAUGGUAAAUCUAUAACAGUAGCUUCGAAUAACAUUGGAAUAACAGCUAUUAACAAACCAAUGGCAAAAGCAGCGACUGUUGUAACCAUUCCCAAUUCAAUAUACUUGAACAAACCAUGUACUACUCAAAUACGAAAAUUUCUCUCUCUCAACCCACCCCUUCAUGGGAACAUGAACUCCCCCGUUACUUCCCCUGUAGCUUGCUUCAAUGGAGGUGGUAUUGCCUCACCCCUGUGUCAUUGUGGGCGUCGUACUCGGCGCAGAGCGGUCAUCAAUCCGGGUCCUAAUCAGGGAAGAGCUUUCUCUACAUGCUCUUUUAGUCACGGGAGAACAACUUCUGAUGGAAAUGCUGAUAAAGAGAAGUCUAAAAGUGGCUGUAAAUUUUUUCCUUGGGAGGUCCGUUUAUAAAAGUGUGCAAUCAAAAGAUAUUUUAAUGUUAAUGGUGUUAAUUUUAAGGUGUUUUAGGGUUUAAGUUCGUACGUGACAGGUCUGAAAUUAGGUCAGCAAUCCAAGGACUAGCAAAGAUAACUAUUGUUCAAAAUCUACUUCUGUCUACAUUUAUGAGUUGUAGUCUGUAUUUUGCGUACUUAGUGAACUGUGUCGUGAAGUUUGUGCGCUUUUCUACACUUUUGGUCAAAAUAUCGAUCACGAUAUUCAUUUGGCUCGAUUACAAGCCGCUGUUCGGGAAAUGAGCCCACGCUCCUUUCCCUGGGGAGGAUCGAGACAGUAUCCAAAAAAAGAAAAAAAAGUUAAUCAUUUACGCAUGUAAAAAUAAACGUUGACAAAAGCAAUCGUUUAGAGCUUUAUUUUGACUUGGAGUAGUCUCUUAUCUUGCUUAGGGCUAGUACAGAAGGUAGCUGCCCAAAUUUCGCAGCUUUGUGUCUGGAUAUUGCUACUUACUUAUGUCAAGAAAGAAUGGUGCUUGAGUGCGCUGUUCAUGCG